AUGAAGCGGUACUUGGUCGACCGUGGUCGCAAGGAGGCCCUUUUGCGCCAGGGUCUGGUUGACAUAGAAUCCUCUACAUCAUCGGACACUCUCCGAGAAAUCGAGGCCGAGAAGGCCGAGGUGGAACAGGCAGAAGCGUUACGGUCCCAAAACAUCGUCGAACCGGAGCGGGUACAUGUUUUACUGCAAGAGGCCGUUGAUGGCUUCAGAGAACAUUGGGAGCACGCGAAGCUGCCCAAGCAUCAGCGCAAAGCCCACAAGAUCUGGACGGAAGCGCGAAAGCGGGGGACGAAAACCUAUCAGGUCCUUCAGGCUCGACAGCUCGCAAAGGCCAUGGAUGACCGCCUUCAUAAGCUUUGGACCGAGAUUGUGGAGCAGACGUGGGUCAAAGAAUCCGAGGUUCGGCUUCAGGCUAGGAGCCUGGAGCAGAGUGUGGAAGACAAGCAGUACAAUCUGUGGCUUGCAGCCACAUUGGAUUCCCGCAUCGAGCCUCCCAAGCCGGAUGGCCUGCCAAGACCGAAACGUCCUGCGAUCAGACGACCGCAGAGCCCUAUUGGUAGUGAGGUGCUGACAAGCUCGGAUGAAGAGGAUUUCAUUGUGCCCGACCAUGAGCCAGAGGCGAUGGAUGUUGACCACGCUCUACCUAUCAAUGAAGAAGACGAGCCAGCCCCAUGCAUUGGGCUCACGCCGAUGAAGCCGGAGUCACCAACGAAGGCCGAUUCUCCGAUGUUUGUGGACCUGACCCAAACGGAGACUCCACAAAGUUUACGCCGUGCACGUCGACUCACGUCGGUCAUCGACCUGACGGCCACCCCCAUCAAGCCGAGGAUAAACUUCCGACAAGUUCCAUCACAGGAUGAGACUGGGAGCAUUCCUACUCCCAUGGAAGCGUUAGCGGACGGCGAGAGCUUUGAGAGCGUCGAAGAGAUCGGAACCCAGUCGGCAAAGCACUGGGCCAAGCUCCGGGACAGUUCAAGACUCCUGAUAUGUCUGUUGUGGAAGCUCCCACACGCGCGCCGCACGCGCGUUUUUGAAGCUGUCAGAGACAAUCCCAGCGACAAACUAUUUGCGCUUUCGAUAGAAAAACAUUUGUCCGAGCCGCUGCAAGACGCUGACCAAGUCGACAAGGGAGGCCCCGAAGUUGUACCCUUUGACAUCACUCGCUUGUUUCUGAGCUAUAUCAGAGUCAGUCGCUGCAAGCCAGAUCGCGUCAUCCGCCUCUCGGACGAAAAUAAAAAGAAACUCGCUAAAGGAGAAGGGGAGACUUGGGACAAGUUUCAUGCCUUCCUCAGCCGCAUCGAGCCAGAGUUUCCUCAGGACAGUCAGAUUUACCGAACCGACGCCUUCGACGUCGAACUCCGCGCCUUUGAAGCCGAACUCGGCACCGGCGCCUUGUCCGAGGCCGAGGAUGACGCCCCGCCCGGCUCUAAAGGCACGCCUUCAAAGACACGCAAAAAUGCGCCGAAAGAAAUCGUUCAGAAUAAGGACGCAGUGGAUCUCCGCGAGAGAGAGAAACGCCGCGUCGAGGAGCAGGAGGCCCGGCGGCUCAAGUUGAGAGCCUCCUUGAACACAUCGGGCUUGAUGUCUCGGGACAAGUCGAGGCUCAUCAUUAACGAGACUAAACAGGAGGAUCAACCCUUUAUCUACGUCAACGAGGAAACCGGCAAGCGCAUCAAGGACCACCAAGUCGAUGGAGUGCGGUUCCUGUGGAACCAGAUUGUGCUGGAUGCAGAUGUGCGCCAGGGCUGCCUUCUGGCACACACCAUGGGCUUGGGCAAGACCAUGCAGGUCAUCACCUUCUUAGCUGCGAUACAAGAAUCUGCAAAGUCAGCGGAUCCGGCCGUGACGGCACAGAUCCCAGAGGACCUCAGAGAGUCAAAGACGCUGGUUUUGUGCCCUGCUGGUCUGGUGGACAAUUGGAUGGACGAGCUCCUCCUGUGGGCGCCCCAAGGCCUGUUUGGUCCCAUUCGCAAGAUUGAGUCGCUCUUGUCGCCGGAGGAGCGCCGCCAGGCCGUCCAUACUUGGGCGCAAGAAGGCGGCAUCCUGGUAACAGGCUACAACAUGUUGCAAAAGAUCGUUGCUGGGGACGAAGAAACUGAGGACAGCCUGAUCACGGGGCCAAACAUUGUCGUGGCGGAUGAGGCCCACGUCCUCAAAAAUCCGGAAGCCAAGGUGCAUCGGGUCUGUUCGCGAUUCAAGACUAAUUGUCGCAUCGCCCUGACCGGCUCGCCUCUGGCCAACAACGUGGAGGAGUACUACUCCAUGAUCAACUGGGUGGCUCCUAACUAUCUUGGUCCCCUGGGCGAGUUUAAGGAUAUCUACGCGCUGCCGAUCCAGCAGGGGCUAUGGGGCGACAGCAUGGGAUGGGAGAAACGCAAGGCCUUGAAGAUGUUGCAAGUGCUCAAGGAGACGGUGGCCCCAAAAGUCCACCGGAGGACAAUCAAGUCCUUGAAAAACGACCUGCCGCCCAAGUUCGAGUUCGUCAUUUGCGUUCCACCGACCGCAAUGCAGCGGAAACUAUACGAGCUGUAUGUGUCUGGCGUUGGCGGCGAGUUCGCGGGCAAGUCCAAGAACAAGAAGCUCCCACAAGCCCAGAUUUUCACCAUUGUCGGCGAUCUAGGCCUGCUGUGCAACCAUCCUCGUUGCUUUCAGCAGAAGAUGUUGGAUGCCCGCCGUGACCGACAAGAUGGCAAACCAGGUUUGGUUCCAGAGAGCGUCAUCACGUCGGCACUUAAGGAGACCAACUCUGCACUCGAUCUGAACAACCCGGGCUUGUCUCUCAAGGCGGAGCUUCUGUCCCUGAUCCUGGACGAAGCUCGAGAAGCGCGUGACAAGGUCCUCGUGUUUAGCCAAUCGAUUCCGACGCUGGACUACCUGAUGAAUCUGCUGCAGAUGCAGAAGCGGCGUGUGUGCCGGCUGGACGGAGGCACGGCAAUUGGAAAGCGGCAGGACAUGACCAAGAACUUCAAUGCCGGCGACCAGGAAGCCUAUCUAAUUUCCACAAACGCUGGAGGCGUCGGCCUCAACAUUCAAGGAGCGAGCCGCGUCGUGAUAUUCGACUUCAAGUGGAACCCUGUCAACGACCAGCAGGCAAUCGGGCGCGCGUAUCGCAUCGGGCAAGAAAAACCCGUCUUUGUCUACCGCUUUGUUGUGGCAGGAACCUUCGAGGAAGACCUACAGAACAAGGCGGUGUUUAAAAUGCAGCUGGCUUCUCGAGUCGUGGACAAGAAGAAUCCGGUAAGCUGGUCGAAGCGGCUGGGCAGUCUUUUGCACCCCAUCAACCCAGUGCCGGCUAAGAACCUGGAAGAGUUUGUCGGCAAGGAUCGAAUCCUAGACAGGCUCAUCAAGUACAAGAACAGCGGAGAGGCGAUUCGGUCCAUUGUCUCGACCGACACGUUCGAGGAGGAAGACCCAGACGUGGACCUGACGGCAGAGGAGCGUCGUGACGCUGAGGACAUGGUCAGGCUGAACCGUCUUCGCGCCACGGACCCGGAAGAGUACGAAAGGAAGCGCGAGGAGGAGAGCCGCAGGCUCUUGAAGGAGCGCAUCAACCUGACCCAGCAGCACGAUCAGAGCGUCGGGCAUCAAAUCCAGGCCAGGCCCGGAGCGCCUGCGGCCACCCAGGCGUUGGCGCCCUUGCCGAUCCGCGGAGCCAUCAACGGGUCUCGGGGAGCAGUAGCCUCAUCUUCCACAACGGCGUUGAACGGUUUUACGACGCAGACUCAGCAGAGCGGCUUCGUGGAUGCUCAGCGGCAGCAGGCUGCUGCGGGCCUUUCCCGCGCCCAGAGCAGCUCUUCCCACCUGCCAUCGACGGCGACGCCUUUGCCCAUGGCCGGCGCCAACACUUACUUUGGCAACGAGCCGCCGCCCGGCGCAGCCUCGACAUCGGAAGCGACUCCAGUCCAGACCAUUCCAUCGACUCCGGUCCCAAUCGCAUCCUCUGCAGGGCCCAAGCUCUUCAACUCACCACAAGGGAGCCAAGCGAGGGACGCAUUUGAGCAGAAAUUGCGUGGCAGGCUGAAUGUGUUGCCCGCCUUUGACUCGGCAGGCGCUGCCAGCACUCGGGAGUAUAUCGCUCGGGACGUCACGAUGGCCAUUGACAAGAUUCGAAAAGAACAUGCUUUUGGUUUUCUGCCUGACAAUCAGCACUGGCGUCUACUAGAGGAGCACCUGGUUCACGACAGAUUCAUGCCCGCCGUGGUUUUUGGCCAUAUUACGCCGUCUUUUCUCGCUCUCACCAACAGGAAGGAACUAGAAUCUCGCGUAGCAGUGCUGAACAGCCUCUCCGAGCAAGAACUCCAGAACAACGUGAUGGCGUUUGGAGGGAAUUCAGACCCUCAAGUAUGA